AUGUCUUCCAACAGCGACACGACAGCACGCGACGACGCGACUUCUAUCUCUGAUCCGGUUUCCGCUCCCGCUCCAGAGGCGAUCACCUCAGCUGAUCCUGCACAGUCUACCCUAGAUGAUUACUUCAAAGAUCAAGCAGAUCACUUCCGUAACCUUGCCCAGACAGACGUUGAAGUACCACUUAUGAUCCCGCUUGAAAGGGUGCCGCGCGGAAUCAUCCGCGCUUAUGAAAAGCUGAAUCCUCUCAGAGACGACCUGGUUGUCAACACCAUUGCCUUCCAAGCCGGACACGAGCACCUCAUCCCCGAACAUAUUCGGUACUCUGGAAAACUCCCCAAGGACGGAAAACCGCCUCGUUUACGAUUGUAUACGUUUUUCCGUGAGUUUCUGGAUAUGGCGGAUAACCUAUCUGUUCAAUAUAAGAACUCUGAUCUCAAGGAGGCGUUGCGAUGGCGUCUCUCUGGUGACGCCCAGUUUUGGCUCUUCCGCUAUAGCCCCUGGAGAAAGCACCCGUCCACAACCCUCCUUGACAUCUACCGGUUUUUGGCCCUGAAUUGUCCUGACCGUGGCGACUACGACAUGUCUCUUCUUGCAACUAAUGCCUUUCAGGCCGAGGGCGAAUCUCCGUAUGACUGGGUUAUUCGGCUGGAAAGACUCGCAGACUAUGCGCCGAUCCGCAAAGGCUACGAGUUUGACAUUGUUUUACACGCCCGCAUCCGUUGCACGAGUCAGGAUUUAUACAAUAAGCUCGAGGAGGUGUCGAGAGGGACUGACGUCGAUGCUCUGAAGGAUGUCUGUGCUAAUCUAACGAAGCCAAAGUACUUAGGCACCGGCCGUCAAUUCGACAACUCUCUGAUCAACAACCCCGACGGAGCCCGUAGUUACGUGAUUCCCUGCCCUGAUCUUUCCAGAUCUGGAACGCCUGAAGAUGAAGAAGAAGAGGAGGAGGGGGAGGUGGAAGAGGAAGAGGAGGAGGAGGAGGAGGAUGAGGAGGAGGAGGAAGAAGAAGAACCGACAUCUCUCAAACGCAAGGCGCGCGAGCAGCCUACUCAACAGCCUUCCCGUGCACAGAGAACCACUACCGCUGGCAGCAGCAAUAGUAGACCCGAACCAACGACUCGGAAAGCUUGCAGGUACUGCAUAAGGCAUAACUUUGCUAGGCCUUCAACUCAUGCAGAAAAGGACUGUUGGAGAAAGGAUGACUCGAAGCGCCCUAAGCGGAAGAGGCGGAGGUGA